UCCAGAUGCCGAACGUAGAGAAACACUUUGGAGAAGAUGCCAAUAUCUCUUCGCCGUAUAUUACUGCUUUCACACGUUAUCGCUGCUGUCAGGGCUCUGUCCACCUUUCGUCCUAAAGCACGACAAGUGCCUUAUUGAGGUUCUUCAGAUCUUCGUGCCAGAGUACUGGAAAUUUCAGAAUCGAACUUGUUGACCCAUCAUGGCGAGUCUCGCAAAGCUCUUCUCGUUGGAGGGCAAAACAGCCGUAGUAACAGGAGGAACGAGAGGCAUUGGUGCGGCCAUGGCCGUGGCUCUGGCUGAAGCUGGUGCAGAUAUCAUCCUCGUCCAGAGAGAUGAAAGCGACAAGAAGACGUAUAAUCAAAUCCUGGACCUUGGGAGAAAAGCGACCAUAGUCACAGCAGAUCUCUCGGACCCAUCAUCUGUGGCCAAGGUCAUUCCAGACCUGGCGAAAGCUGGACAUGAUAUGCACAUUCUGCUGACAAGUGCCGGUAUCCAAAAGAGGCAUCCUUCCCAUGAGUUCCCUCUCGAAGACUGGAACUCGGUAUUACAGGUCAACCUUACAACGGUGUUCACGUUAUGUCGCGAUUUCGGCGCAUAUCUCUUGUCUAAGCCAGAGCCAACAUCACGAUCCAGAGGCAGUAUCAUCAAUAUUGCUUCUCUUCUUACAUUCCAAGGUGGAGUCACUGUGCCUGCAUAUGCAGCCUCGAAAGGUGGAGUGGGACAGUUGACGAAAGCACUCAGCAAUGAAUGGGCGAGUAAAGGUAUUCAGGUCAAUGCUAUUGCGCCGGGAUAUAUCGACACCGACAUGAACGAGGCUCUGAUCGCGAACGAGACGAGGGCGAGGCAGAUAUUGGAAAGGAUACCGGCAGGACGAUGGGGAAAGCCUGAGGAUUUCAAAGGUGCCGUCGUGUUUCUGGCUAGCAACGCAAGCACAUACGUAAGUGGUGAGGUUUUGACGGUCGACGGAGGUUGGAUGGGUCGGUAAAGGGCGUUAUUCGCACUCAUUCAGCGGCAACAUGUUACCAGUACGUUGAGCUGGAGUUUGUGCUCGCAGCGUCUGGACUUGAGUGAAGGAAAAAGUUGACGACAAUAUUUAAGUGAGUAUUGCAUUGCAUUCAAAGGAUGGAAUCAAAAGACGUUCU